AUGGAGAUCGCCCUGGUGCCCCUGGAGAACGGCGGUGCCAUGACCGUCAGGGGAGGAGAGGAGGCCCGGACCACGGCGGGUCAGCUCCGCUGCUCGGCGACGGCCGCACUCAGCGAUGGACCCAAGCGGCCGGCGCCCAGGAGGCGCAGCGGCGCGGAGAGGGGCGAAGACCCGGGAGGCCGGCCGUCGCCACCACCCCGCCAGGAGCUGCCCCAGGCUAGCCCGCGGCCCCCGCAGGAAGAGGAAGGGGAAGGCGACCCCGCCCUGGGCGUGGCGGGGGACCAGGUGCUGGGCCCGGGGUCCCUCCAUCACCAGCGCGUCCUAAUCAACAUCUCGGGGUUGCGCUUCGAGACGCAGCUGGGCACCCUGGCGCAGUUCCCCAACACGCUCCUGGGGGACCCGGCCAAGCGCCUGCGCUACUUCGACCCUCUGAGGAACGAGUACUUCUUCGACCGCAAUCGGCCCAGCUUCGACGGCAUCCUCUACUACUACCAGUCGGGGGGCCGGCUUCGCAGGCCGGUCAACGUCUCCCUGGACGUGUUCGCAGACGAGAUCCGCUUCUACCAGCUGGGGGACGAGGCCAUGGAGCGCUUCCGGGAGGACGAGGGCUUCAUCAAGGAGGAGGAGAAGCCCCUGCCCCGCAACGAGUUCCAGCGCCAGGUGUGGCUGAUUUUCGAGUACCCGGAGAGCUCGGGCUCCGCACGGGCCAUCGCCAUCGUCUCGGUCCUAGUCAUCCUCAUCUCCAUCAUCACCUUCUGCUUGGAGACGCUGCCCGAGUUCCGGGAUGAACGCGAGCUGCUGCGCCAUCCCCCGGCCCCUCACCAGCCCCCGGGACCCCACCGGGGGCCCAAUGGCAGCGGGGCCGCAGCGCCCCCUUCCGGCCCCACGGUGGCGCCUCUCCUGCCCAGGACCCUGGCUGACCCCUUCUUUAUCGUGGAGACCACUUGCGUCAUCUGGUUCACCUUCGAGCUGCUAGUGCGGUUCUUCGCCUGCCCCAGCAAGGCCGAGUUCUCUCGGAACAUCAUGAACAUCAUCGACGUGGUGGCCAUCUUCCCCUACUUCAUCACCCUGGGCACGGAGCUGGUGGAGCAGCAGCAGCCGGGGGGCGGGGGCGGCCAGAACGGGCAGCAGGCCAUGUCCCUGGCCAUCCUCAGAGUGAUCCGCCUGGUCCGUGUGUUCCGCAUCUUCAAGCUGUCCCGCCACUCCAAGGGGCUGCAGAUCUUGGGCAAGACGCUGCAGGCCUCCAUGCGGGAGCUGGGCCUGCUCAUCUUCUUCCUCUUCAUUGGGGUCAUCCUCUUCUCCAGCGCUGUCUACUUCGCGGAGGCCGACAACCAGGAAACCCAUUUCUCCAGCAUCCCGGAUGCCUUCUGGUGGGCGGUGGUCACCAUGACUACGGUGGGCUAUGGGGACAUGAGGCCCGUCACCGUGGGGGGCAAGAUCGUGGGCUCCCUAUGUGCCAUCGCUGGGGUCCUCACCAUCGCCCUGCCCGUGCCCGUCAUCGUCUCCAACUUCAACUACUUCUACCACCGGGAGACGGACCACGAGGAGCAGGCAGCCCUUAAGGAAGAACAGGGCAGUCAGAGCCAGGGGGCUGGACCCGCCGGCGCAGGCCAGCGAAAAGCCAGCUGGAGCAAGGGGUCCCUCUGCAAGGCGGCAGGGUCCCUGGAAAACGCAGAUGGCUCUCGAAGGGGCAGUUGCUCCCUGGAGAAGUGUAACCUCAAGGCCAAAAGCAACGUGGAUUUGCGGAGAUCGCUAUAUGCCCUCUGCCUGGACACCAGUCGGGAGACGGAUUUGUAA